AUGUACCUUAUCAUAGGCUUGUGCCCUCACAUGCUGGAUCCUACUACAGACACCGGAGUUACAAGUUACAUGGAUCAUUCAACACACACUGUGUCACUGAAUCCAUGUUUUAUUGCUCUCUCAAAGGUCCACCAGCCAAACGCACAAGGAUACGUCCGUCGGCUGUGGCUGUCCAUCAUGCACCGCACUCUCACUACCUACCCUUGUCAUCUUCGAUCUCGUCCAACGAUGUAUAUAACGAGCCUGCAUUCCGAAGCAAUGAGUUUCCUGCUAAAGAAGACCAGCAGCGAUGCAACACAGCCAAAGUCGCUAUCUUCAGAAGAGCAGCAGGAAAAGGUAAAUGAGGUGCGUGGUCUCCUCGGAGCACUGACGGAGGAGAUGCCGAGCUUCCUGUCAGACACAACCAUCUAUCGCUUCCUCCUAGCGAGGAACUGGAGCACGGAACAAGCGGCCAAGGGUCUCAAGGAAACUGUCAAGUGGAGGCACGAGUACAGGCCGGAAGCAAUUUCCUGGGAAGACAUUGCAGAAAAGGAGGACGAGGCCAAGAGAAUACAUGUAGCCAACUGCGUUGACAAGAAUGGAAGAAGUGUCCUCAUAUUAAACAUGUCAAUCAAGUCUAAAGUUUCUUUGAAGGACCAGAUAAAGCACAUGGUAUAUCUCCUAGAGCAUCUGGUCAUGAGCUCAGCAGAUGAAAAAGAUGACUAUGGUGUUUGGAUAAUUGACGUCCGAGGCUGGUCAAUAGCGAGUACGCCAUUCUCCACGACCCGUGAAUGCCUGCACAUUAUCCAAACCUAUUACCCAGGGUUGAUAGCCGUCGCGAUUAUUUUCGACCCUCCAAGGAUUUUUGAAUCUUUUUGGAAGAUAACUAAGAGCCUCCUCGACGCAAACAUGAGAGAUAAAGUGGAGUUUUUGUAUGCUAGCAAACCGGACAGUAUGAAGACAAUGGAAGAGCUCUUUGACAAGGAUACACUGGAGGCUUCUUCGUUUGGUGGAAGAAGCACCAGUGCUACGUUUGACAUCAACAAGUACGCCGAGAGAAUGAGAGGAGCGGACAAGAUGAGAGGAGAAUCCAGAAAUGCAAAUGGCUGCAACUGAUCUCCCUGACCAUAACUGAAUUCAAGUUCUUCUGAGCCGCGCCUACAUGCACAUCCGGAAACUGAACAUUUGUACUUUUGGUUGCUAAAAUUUGAACUUAUGUAGUGAUUUUAUUAUUUUUCUCACACUUCACAUGGACUGUGCACUUCUGGAAACUGAAUAUAUAUUCUUUCUGUUGUUACCA